UUGCAACGGAAGCACGUGUUUUUAUCGUUGUGGUCGAAAAAGUAUCCUAAAACAUGACGCUUCAUUUAACCCACGAAAUCACCGCUAACUCACAUUGUUCUUACUACCAAAUGUCGUUAAAAACAAUCAUUCAAAAGCAAAUUUUAGAACACCCUUGCGCCCCCAUUUUAAUCAACAUCUUCGAGCAUCAAUAUAAAAUCGGCGAUACAUAUCACGCGGAUUAUUUGAUCUCGACUUACGGAAUGACGAAAUCGAAGUACUACAGCACCUUCGGUGGUUCCAGGAAAUGCGAAGCUAAAAGAUGCCAAAAUGUAAUUAGGAUCAUUAUAGAGCUUGAAGGGGAAACUUUGGAUCACCCAGUUUUCAAAACAUACCGCCUACAACUCGAGGUAAAAAUCAACCAAAUUGGGUAUCCGAAUAACCACAUGGUUAAUGUUUUGUUUGACCCGUUAUUAUCGAAUGAAUUUGAGCCACCUACCCAUACUCCAAUGCACAACAAUUGUGGAGAGGCAAAUGAAUAACAAAAAACAAUUUCUUAAUAAAGUUGUACUUAUUUUUA